AUUAUAUAAGAUUUAGUGAUGCAAAUUCAUAUUUAAAUUCAUAGUUUUAAACUACUUUUUACUACUGAUUAGUUUCUUUCUUUUCUUCUUCGAUAAUAAUACUAAUCCGAAAGAGGAAUAAUUUUUGCACUAUUGAUAAAUAAUAAAUAAUACACAAACAAAAUAUAUAAAAUAUACUAUUAAUAGUAAGAUCGAAGACCAUUGAAAAGAAAAAAUAGAAAAGACAGUUCCACAAAAAUGGCGUUAACACUAUGUGGAAGAGCUCGUCGCUUCGUCUCUGCAACAUCAGUAUAUAGCAAUGGUUGUCUUCAAAGACUGCAACAAACCGGAUCGAAUCGGUUUCAGCUUGGUGAAGCAAAAGCAAUAAGAUUAUUACCAAGGAGGACAAACAUGGUUCAGGAAUUGGGAAGUAGAGAAGAUUUUUUGCAAGAAAACAGAGAUACUGAGACAAGUUAUGAUUUUCUGGGUGAGAUGAGACAGAGGUUUCUUAGAUUCAAGAGACAAAAGUAUUUACCACAGAUAGAAAAGUUUCAAGCUUUGGCCGUAGCUCAAUCACCAAAGGUUAUGGUGAUAGGAUGUGCAGAUUCAAGGGUGUGUCCUUCUUAUGUACUAGGUUUUCAACCUGGUGAAGCUUUUACUAUCCGAAAUGUUGCCAAUCUCAUCACGCCCAUUCAGAAUGGGCCAACAGAAACCAACUCAGCUCUUGAAUUUGCAGUCACUACUCUUCAAGUUGAGAACAUUAUAGUAAUGGGUCAUAGCAAUUGUGGAGGAAUCGCAGCGCUUAUGAACCAUCAAAACCAUCUAGAACAACCGUCUAGUUUGGUAGAGAGAUGGGUCAUGAAUGGAAAAGCCGCCAAGUUAAGAACACAAGAAGCUUCAUCACACUUAAGUUUUGAUGAACAGUGCAGAAACUGUGAGAAGGAAUCUAUAAAGGAUUCCGUGAUGAAUUUGAUAACCUAUCCAUGGAUAAGAGAUAGAGUAAAGAGUGGUGAAGUAAAGAUUCAUGGAUGUUAUUACAAUUUGUCAGAUUGUAGUCUUGAGAAGUGGAGACUCAGUUCAGACAAGAAUAGCAAUGAAUUCUAUGUUUCAGACAAAGAGAUAUGGAACUGAGAAAAUGUACAACAACUAUCAGUUCCUUUGUAUAUGUAAACCUAAUGCAAUUACUGUAAAUAAGUAUUAGGUGCAGACUGGAAGGAAAACAAAACAAAUUUCAAUGAGGAAUUACUAAAGAUAUUUAAUUGAGCUCA